CGUGAAGCUGCAUCUAGACACCCUUACUCAUCAUCAUACCCGAUUACCUACGCGGCGCUGGAGCGAAUUCCCUUUUGGAUCAUCCAGCCGUCGAAUCCCAGAGAAACCCAAGUUGAACCUCGCUCUGCCUUGAGGACAACAUUUGCGAGCCAUGGCCGAGGCCGUGAGGGCAUUCAAUUCGUCAACGCUGAACCUGCCGAAGCGGUUACUGGAUUUUUUCGCUCGAUAUCCUCCUGAGUUGUACUCGGCCAAAUUUACUGGAAUCACACUUCCACUCACACGAAAAGAGUCGAAAGAGGCUGCGAUUGCGCGAAAUGUCGCAGCUCCUGCGGCGAGUGCUCAGACGAGUCAGACGAUAACAGCAGAUGCUGCCACAUCAGAAGAAUUGACACCUCCUACACCUACACCAGCAUCCUUGUCUGCCGGACAGAAACUUCCUCCGAACCCGUUCUUGCCUCGGAAAAACUUCGUGACAGGAAAAUGGGCAGGAGCAAAGAUCGGGCUGCGGCGGCAAGCCGAAUUAGUCAAGAUGGCGAAGAAAUAUGACAUUGAAGAGUUGUUGCCUCCGAGUCGAAAGUCGACGGCGUUUAAACAGGCGCGGCUACUCGAACAAGGUCUACGGGUCAAGGGCACUGGUGAGGGCCAGAAGGUGAAAGGGCAUGCAUGGGAGAGACACGUUGGCGCUACUCUGGAGAAGAGGAGAACAGCCAUGGAGAAUAUGCCAGAACUCGUCAAGGAAUGGAAGAGGCGUGGCCACGGAAGAGGUUGGAAGAAGUACCCGAAAUAGAAUCGACGUUGCGAGUCCACACAAAUCUAGGGCGCGACUCAAGUUUCCGGACAUCCUGGAUCUUCUCAACAUCAUCCGUCUUCAAGCAAGCUCUUGCUGGGUCUGAGCUUGACUAUUUGUGUGCCUUGGGCAGGCUUCGACCGUACUGAAAGCAGUGGAACCUGGGAGUCCAGACUUCUCACAAGCUUGACGUCGUGCCAACACGGCCAUAGGAACACCUAACGGUGGACGUGAUGCCAUGUAUAUAUGAGUGCUGUGCGGCUUCAGUGUACAGGCUGUAUAUAAGUAUACCACCUUUUGUCGUGGUUAUGUAAGAUAGGCCGAGGACAGAGAAUGUUCAAGUACAUCUCUGCAUGUUUCCAGCACUCCUAGCCCUUGCGGCUUUCGGCGCGGGUGACAAGCUCCAGUUUGGGUAGAAUGACGCUGCGCUCAUGAGGCUGGGUAGGUCCAGGCCGAUUCUCGUUGCCAUUAGGGGACGCCUUGAAAGAGAUUGCUUGCCUCCAUGUCCGGUGAGCCCGGCGUGCCAAUAAAGUACGCCAGCAAAGUUGAUCACAAGUGUGCAUCCACUGGAC